GUCGCUAUCAUCCGACCGGUCAUGCACGAUUGUUACGCUAACGCGUUACGCACGCGUAGAGCUCCAUUUGGUCUUUUCAGCGAAAAAAGCAAUUCACCAUUCGUUGAUAAUAUAAUCGAGUAGACUCGAUUAGAUUGGAUUUCCAGCUUUUUUCUUCUCUGAAUUAUCAUAUCGGCACACAUGCGAAACAAUUGGCUGUAUACACUGGAAGAAGAAAGAGAGAGCCUCUCAUCACUCCCACACUCAUAACUUUCCGAAACCUAGCUCUUUCAGAUUUCGAAGGAGGAUACUUAUUAAAAAAAAAAAAGAUGUCACUUGAGGUUGUGAACUGAAAUUAGUCAACAGAUUAUCAUGUAGAAGAAAACAGAUGUAUUUAUUUACCCUUUAGCCGUGUGAGAGCUUGUUUGAGGUAGCGGAAUGGAAAAGAAAAGAAUAGAUGACUAUGAACCAGGUCCCAUUCCUUCACCAAGACCAUUGGACAGAUUUGGGUUUGUAAAGCAGGAACCUAAUAGCUCUCCUGAUGGUUUAAAUAGAGGCAGGUCUGCUCAUGAAUACGAGAGGGAGGAAGGAAGGGUUAGAAAAUGGAGGAAAAUGAUUGGGGUUGGAGGGAGUGAUUGGAAGCAUUACGUUAGGAGAAAACCCCAUGUUGUCAGAAGGCGUAUACGGAAAGGAAUCCCUGAUUGUUUAAGAGGACUUGUUUGGCAGUUGAUCUCUGGAAGUCGGGACCUUUUGCUGAUGAACCCUGGGGUUUAUGAGCAACUAGUAAUAUAUGAGACGUCAGCUUCAGAACUAGACAUAAUACGAGACAUUUCUCGUACAUUUCCCUCACAUGUUUUCUUCCAGCAGAGACAUGGACCUGGUCAAAGGUCACUUUACAAUGUUUUGAAGGCAUACUCUGUCUUUGACAGAGAUGUUGGAUAUGUUCAGGGAAUGGGUUUUUUAGCUGGUCUCUUGCUUCUGUAUAUGAGUGAAGAGGAUGCUUUCUGGUUAUUGGUUGCAUUACUGAAAGGAGCUGUCCAUGCCCCAAUGGAAGGAUUAUAUCUGGCAGGGCUACCUCUAGUACAGCAGUAUCUUUUUCAGUUUGAUCACUUGGUGAGAGAGCAUUUGCCGAAACUGGGGGAGCAUUUUUCCCAAGAGAUGAUAAACCCUAGCAUGUAUGCAAGCCAGUGGUUCAUUACAGUUUUCUCAUACUCUUUUCCAUUCCACUUGGCUCUUCGAGUUUGGGAUGUCUUUCUCUAUGAGGGUGUUAAAAUUGUUUUUAAGGUUGGUUUGGCCCUAUUAAAGUAUUGCGCUGAUGAUUUGACAAAAUUACCUUUCGAGAAACUCAUACAUGCUUUGCGCAACUUCCCCGAGGAUGCAAUGGACCCAGACACAUUAUUACCAAUGGCCUACUCAAUCAAGGUAUCUAAGCGUUUGGAGGAACUGAAGCAGGAGUAUGAGAAGAAGCAUGGAAAGACAGUGGAAUCAGCAGAAUCUAACGACAAGCAGAGACAGUCGCAAUGAAGCUUCUUUUCGUCUAACAAGGAGUUUAAAAAUAACUCACCUAGACACGCACAUAUAUGUGUAUUCCAAUUCUUUAAUGCUUUGGUGGAAUAUCGCAUGAAGAAACAUGCCUU